CCGCCCGCCACAGACGCUAGCCUAUUCCUCGAGCUCCUGGCCCAGCUCUUGGGCCUACUCUAAACCGCGAUACAAUUUGCCUCUCCUUCGGGCUCCGGCUCCGCCUCUUCCUCUCAAACCCGGGAGGCGGGGCAGGGAACCACCGAGACGGCCGAACCUCCGAGCGGACCAGAACGGCCGGAAGUGGGCAGGGUGCGUGAGCGAGGCCCGUUUCAGGCGGCGUCGCGCAUUUACGGGCCUUGGGCUGGCCUCCGGUAGGGUGAGUCGGUGUGGCGCGCUGGGUUGGCCUCUACUUAGGGAAGCAUGGGCUGCUUACAGAGGCGGUGAACGCUUGGCGGAGGACAUGGUCGGGCAGCGGCCGCCUUGGACUCCGUCGGCGAGAGGCGGCAGUGGAGCGGCUGAACCCCGCAGCUACCCCCAGGUUGCUCGCGGACUCCGGAGUCCUGCCUGAGUGUCCCAGCCAAGACCAGUGGACACCAUCCAUCAAGCCUCAUGGUAGGAAGCUUGGCUGCCUCCCUUCCCACACUUGCUCUGGGAAGCCUCCACCUCUUACUUUGGGCAUCUACCUUGCCCCCUGGGCCUGGACGCAGACCCAGACCCACCCUCAGCCCUCACUGGCUCUUGCCAGGCUCAGGCACCCCCCUUGUCACCCCAAAGGCAGUGAGCAAACCUCUGCCAGAUAGGCCCAUCUGAGGCUUGUGAGAGGGAGGGUCAUAUGGUUACUGAGAGCCAGGUCCCUCCUCUCCUCUUAAAUUUCUCUUUCCUCGGAUUUUGGAGGAAGGAGCUAGGCAACUUUUGCCCAACCCCUUGGUGCACCUGCCUGAGAUAUGCUGUGAUGCCGUGCAAGAAUGGGGCUGGCACCCAGGGAUCCCUGGGGUGCUGGUGUUUGUCCUUUCAGGAGACGGUGACAUUUGGUGACGUGGCUGUGCACUUCUCCCGGGAGGAGUGGCAGUGUUUGGACUCUGGCCAGAAGGCCCUCUACAGGGAGGUGAUGCUGGAGAACCACAGCAGCGUGGCUGGACUAGCAGGAUUCCUGGUCUUCAAACCUGAGCUGAUCUCUCGGUUGGAACAGGGACAAGAGCCAUGGGUUAUCGACCUGCAGGGAGUUGAAGGGACAGAAGCACCAUGGACCUCCCAGACAGAUUCUACUGUUAGGCUUGCACAUGAGCAGGGGGACAUGGACCUUCUGAAGCCUCAGGGUCCUGGCUCUGCAGACACUUCCAAUACUGAGGUCUGGUCAGAGAGACUUCCAAGCAGCCCUGUGCUGAGAGAAAGGGGCUCCCUUCUCCAGAAACAGUGUUUGAUUCAGGGGUCCGUGGCUCCCAAAACCUUCACCAAGGACACUACACAGGAAUCCCAGGAGCUGGGGGCCAGUGGCCUCAGCUGUCAGCCUGGUAAAGGUCAGAGAGCUGGUGCUCAAGGGAUGUCACAGCAUUGCCAGGUAUGCGGCAGAGACUUUGGACGCACUCCAGAUCUGGCUCCAUACCAGGAAAUUAGUGUACAGGAGAAGCCUAACUGCUGUCAAGAAUGCCAAAAACAAUUGUCUGGCUGCUUUCAGGGGAAACUUUCAAGUAACUGCUGUGGAGAGAAGCCAUAUGAGUGUGAGGAGUGUGGAAAAGUCUUCAGGCUGUGUUCACAGCUUAAUCAACACCAGAGAAUCCACACUGGGGAGAAACCAUUCAAGUGUGUGGAAUGUGGAAAAGCCUUCCGCCUGAGCUCAAAACUAAUUCAGCAUCAGAGAAUUCAUACUGGAGAGAAACCAUACAGGUGUGAGGAAUGUGGGAAAGCAUUCGGUCAGAGCUCCAGCCUCAUCCAUCAUCAGAGGAUCCACACAGGAGAGAGGCCCUAUGGCUGCCGGGAGUGUGGGAAGGCUUUCAGCCAGCAGUCUCAACUAGUCAGACACCAGAGAACUCACACCGGAGAGAGACCCUACCUGUGCAAGGAGUGUGGCAAGGCCUUCAGCCAGAGCUCAACUCUAGCUCAGCACCAGAGGAUGCACGCCGGGGAGAGAUCUCAGAUGCUCAGAGCCUCAGAGAGCCCAAGCCUUGUUGUGCAUCAGACAAGUCACACUGUGGAAAAGCCCUUUAAGUGCAAUGAGUGCGGGAAGGCUUUCCGGUGGAUCUCUCGCCUGAGCCAGCACCAGCUGAUUCACACUGGAGAGAAGCCUUAUAAAUGCAAUAAGUGCACAAAAGCCUUCGGGUGUAGCUCAAGACUCAUUCGCCACCAGAGAACUCACACUGGAGAAAAGCCAUUCAAAUGUGAUGAGUGUGGGAAAGGCUUUGUUCAGGGCUCACACCUCAUCCAGCAUCAGCGGAUCCACACUGGAGAGAAGCCCUACGUGUGCCAUGACUGUGGGAAAGCAUUCAGCCAGAGCUCCAGCCUCAUCUACCAUCAGAGGAUCCACAAGGGAGAGAAGCCCUAUGAGUGCCUCCAGUGUGGGAAGGCCUUCAGUAUGAGCACGCAGCUCACCAUCCACCAGAGGGUGCACACCGGGGAGAGGCCCUACAAGUGCACCGAAUGUGGGAAAGCCUUCAGUCAGAACUCAACCCUCUUCCAACACCAGAUAAUUCAUGCAGGAGUGAAGCCCUACGAGUGUAGUGAAUGUGGAAAGGCCUUCAGUCGGAGCUCUUAUCUUAUCGAACACCAGAGAAUACACACUAGAGCCCAAUGGUACUAUGAAUAUGGGAACACCCUGGAAGGUUCCACCUUCGUGAGCCGUAAAAAGGUUAACACCAUAAAGAAACUGCACCAGUGUGGUGACUGUGAGAAGAUAUUCAGGUGGCGCUCACAUCUGAUCAUACACCAGAGGAUUCAUACCGGAGAGAAGCCUUACAAGUGCAACGACUGUGGCAAAGCUUUUAACCGUAGCUCAAGGCUUACACAACAUCAGAAAACACACAUGUGAUAGACCUUCCAUCUGUAGGAAUGAAUAGAUGUGAGUAAACCUGCAGCCUUAACUUGCUUAUGUUACAUGAGGUCAUUUAUACUGGCAGGAAAGUAGAGUGUUGGGAUGGAUUCAGAAUUGCUGUUAAGAAUGUCCUGCUUCAUACAAAAUGUUUAUUUACCCAUUAAAUAAAACCUGUACCCCUCACA